AUGUCUGUCUCUGAGCCUGUAAUAAGUGGAAACCAGUCUCUCUGCACCAAAUUCACAUUUGUGGCUUUUUCCUCUCUAGCUGAGUUACAGCCUGUGCUCUUCACUGUGUUCCUAAUCAUUUACUUGUUUACUGUGGGAGGAAACCUCACCAUCAUCUCCCUGAUCCGGAUCACCCCUUCCCUGCACACCCCUAUGUAUUUCUUCCUGGUUAACCUCUCCCUUCUGGAGAUGUGCUAUAUUACCAGUGUGGUGCCUCAGAUGCUGGUGCACCUGUUGGUGGAGACCAAGACCAUAAGUGUGGGAGGGUGUGCAGCUCAGAUGUAUGUAUUUACUAUCUUGGGACUGACAGAAUGCUGCCUGCUGGCAGCCAUGGCUUAUGACCGCUUUGUAGCUAUCUGCUACCCACUGCAUUAUACUCUCCUGAUGGGCCCUAGUGUGUGUUGGAAACUGGCUGCAGCAUCCUGGACCACCGGAGUGGUGGUGGAGUCAGCCCAGACCACCUGGAUCUUCACUCUGCCCUUCUGCGGAGCAGGAAAGAUCCAGCACUUUUUUUGCGACAUCAUGCCUGUAGUGAAACUGGCUUGUGUUGAUACCUCCCACAAUGAGACUGUGAUGUUUUUUCUCUCUGUGCUCUUCAUUAUGAGUCCCUGCUUGCUCAUUCUGUGCUCCUACAUUCGAAUUCUGGCGACCAUCUUGAGAAUCCCUUCAGCAGCUGGCAGACGCAAAGCUCUCUCCACUUGUUCUUCUCACAUCCUGGUGGUUUCUCUGUUCUAUGGCACUGCCUUGUUCACUUAUCUCCAGCCUAAGAGUGCACACACCCCAGAAACAGACAGAGCAACUGCACUCAUGUACACGGUGGUCACACCUGCUCUCAAUCCUGUCAUCUACACCUUGAGGAACAAGGAAGUAAAGGAAGCCUUUCUAAGGAUAACACAAAGGAACGCCCUCAGACGAACGGUCUAA